GGCGCUGGGAGUUGUGGUCGCGCUGCCGCGGGAGCCCAGCGGCGUCCUGGCCGCCUCUGCCGCCGCUCCCGGACGAGGGGCCGGGCCGGGCGGGACAGCUGCCGCGGGGCGGCUCCAGCCGGGGGUGUGGGGCAGGGUCGGCCUCUCGCCGCAGUCCAUCGCCCACUGGCGGGGCAGAGAUGGAGGCGCCCUGGCGCCAGGGCGGCCGGGGCCGGGGCCGUGCCAGGCCUGCUCCCGGGCUCGCCGACCGCGCUGGGGCGGCUGCCCGACCCCCGGCCCCGAGGGCCCGCGGCGGUGCCGGCGUUGCGGCCGCGGAGACGAGCGGCAAGGGGGCCAGCGAAUUAUCUUCACAGAAGAAAUUUGAUGAAAUUAAGAAGGCUAAUCAGGCUGCUGCAAAAAAGCUAGUUGAAGACCAAUUUAGCUCCUCCUCUGAAGAUGAUGAUGAAGAUGCUGAAGAAAAACAAGGAAAGAUUUUGGUCAAAACAUUUAACAUUUACACCAGUCAAACUGAUGGAGAUGCAAGUGAACUGGAACGUACAAGACAGUACAUGAAUGAAGCUUUUCAGUCAGGGGCUAUGACAUGUCUCAUCUGCAUUGCUUCAGUUAAAAGGAACCAAGCUGUCUGGAGCUGUUGUGGAUGCUUCUGUAUAUUUCACUUGGUGUGUAUCCAAAAGUGGGCCAAGGACAGCCUUUUCCUUGUCUCUUCUCCUUUGACAGAUGAUGAUUUUGGAAAGAAAGAUUAUCCCUGGCCAUGUCCAAAAUGUAGGUUUGAAUACAAACGGUCUGAAACUCCCAGUAGGUAUUACUGUUACUGUGGAAAAGUGGAAAAUCCAACGCUGGACCCAUGGCUGAUACCUCACUCCUGUGGUCAGAUAUGUGAGAGGGAAUUCAAACCUCCUUGUGGUCAUAAAUGUUUGCUGCUUUGUCAUCCAGGACCUUGUCCACCUUGCCCAAAGAUGAUCACAACAACCUGUCACUGUAAGAAGGCCCAACCUGUGCCCCGGAGGUGCAGUGCCAAGGAAUGGUCGUGUCGCCUGCCGUGUGGACGAAUGUUGCUGUGUGGACAACACACUUGUGAGAAUGCCUGUCAUGCAGGAGAUUGUCAGCCUUGUCCUCGAGUCAGUAAACAACGGUGCAUCUGUGGAAGGCAGACAGCAGAAAGAUUUUGUGCAAGUCCUCAGUGGCAGUGUGAUCAGGUGUGUGGGAAACCUUUGCGUUGUGGUAAUCACACAUGUGAACAAGUUUGUCAUGCUGGUCCCUGUGGAGACUGUCCUCGUUCCGGGAAAAGGUCCUGUCCAUGUGGAAAGUCAAAGUUUACACUGCCUUGUACAGAAGAUGUGCCCACAUGUGGCGAUAGUUGUGACAAAGUUCUGGAAUGUGGCAUCCAUAAAUGUUCACAGCGCUGUCAUCGAGGUCCUUGUGAAAUAUGCAGACAGGAAGUUGAAAAACAGUGUCGCUGUGGAAAGCACACUAAGCGCCUGCCAUGUCAUAAGCCAUAUCUGUGUGAAACAAAGUGUACUAAAAUUCGUGAUUGCCAGAAGCACCAAUGUAGGAGAAAGUGCUGUCCUGGAAACUGUCCACCUUGCGAUCAAGUCUGUGGGCGGACUCUGGGCUGCAGAAAUCACAAAUGUCCUUCAGGCUGCCACAGAGGUAGUUGCAAUCCAUGUCCAGAGACCGUAGAUGUGAAAUGCAAUUGUGGGAAAACUGUUAUUAAAGUGCCCUGUGGCAGAGAGCGCACCAUCAAACCCCCGAGAUGCAAACAGCUCUGCAGUCGACCGCCUACCUGUCACCACCCUACGCAGGAGAAACACUAUUGUCACUUUGGUCGGUGUCCUCCGUGUCGUCAGUCCUGCCAGAAAACAUUAACGUGUGGUCAUUUGUGCCCUGUUUCCUGCCAUGAUGAAGCACUUGUGAAGCAAACUGGCUCACAUCAGUCUGCAGGUCCUUGGGAACAGCCAUCUGAGCCAGCUUUUAUUCAAACUGCAUUGCCAUGUCCUCCCUGUGAGGUUCCUAUACCAGUGGAGUGUCUUGGGCAGCAUGAGGUUAGUCCAUUACCAUGUCAUUCUGCAAAUCCCUACUCAUGCAAGAGAUUUUGUGGGCAGCUUCUUGAUUGUCAGAAUCACACCUGUAUGAAAGAAUGUCAUCGCGUUACUAAAUUGAACAGUAGUGCAGAUGAAAAGAAGGCAGGUGCAGAAUGUUCACAGUGUGAAGAGGAGUGUACCAAGCCCCGGCCAUCUGGCUGUCCUCACCGAUGUGUUUUGCCCUGUCAUCCUGGGAAUUGUCCAUCAUGUCUCCAGAUGCUUAAAAUAAAGUGUCACUGCAAACUAUCAAUACUGUAUAUUGAAUGCUUAAAAUUAACAAGUGCUGAUUUAAAAGAAAAGGAGCUUCUUAUUUCCUGCAAAAAUCAGUGUCCAAAAGAGUUGCCCUGUGGUCACCGGUGUAAAGAGAUUUGCCAUUCAGGUAGCUGCCCUCUGAACUGCAGCCAGAAGGUCAAACUCCGAUGUCACUGUAAGAGACUGAAGAAGGAAGUACAGUGCAGCAAGAUAGAAGAUGGCCAAGUUUCACUGGAAUGUGAUGCAUUAUGCAAGGAAAUGAAACGGAAAGCAUCUGAGAUAAAAGAAGCAGAAGCCAAAGCUGCUAUUGAGGAAGAAAAACGAAGACAACAGGCUGAACUGGAAGCUUUUGAAAACAGAUUAAAAGGACGAAGAAAGAAUAAGAGAAGAAAGGAUGAAGUAGAAGUUGAACAAUCAUCAUGGCAAAAAUACAAGAACCUCAUUAUGCUGCCAGUGUUUGGAGUCGCUGUUGUGAUGGUUGCAUGGCUCAUGGUCUAUAAUGACUGAAACAGCGCAAUAUUUAAUAUACCUCAGUCAGGCUUUAGGUAGCUAUUAUUCCUCGAAUGUUAGUCUGUGUUUAACAGAACUUAAUAUGCAUAGAUUAUGUACCUAUACUGUUUGCGAAGAAAACUGCAGAGGAGGGAAGAAAUGUCACCUUUGCGUUAUUAUAGUAACAGCACAAAACUGAAUUCAGACACUGACAGUAAUAGUAGUUUUUAGUCUACACUGAAGUGCUGGUGUAAUUUAUCUGACUGAGAUCUGUUAACAUCUCUUCUAUUAAUAUAUUGUGUUACUUUCCCUUGUCUCUAUUUCAUAAUAUUAAAAAAUUAGCAUAAAAUGAUAUAUUCAGUAUUUGUUUCCUGUAAAAUAAAUUUAGUGGUUUAUUGAAGAUUAGUAUUUUUAUCCUAGUCUUUAGGUUGUAUCACACAAUAACUUCUGUCUUCGUGUCAGUUUUAAUUAUAACAACUAAUGGGGAGCUUCAGAUCACUUAAGUUUGAAUAUUCUGGGGCCUCAUGUCAGAACUUCGUUCAGAGAAAGGAAAUGUGAACUGUCUUUGAAGUCAACUGUAUCACAGACAAUAUAAUGGGCCCCCUUACAGGCUUUGGGUUUUGGUUUCGUUUUUUAUUUCCCGCCCCCCUUGUUUCCUCAAAAUCAAACCAACUGAAAACUUAAUUUAAUGGACAGAUGCAUGUGCUGAACAUGGAUGUGAAGUAGUUUCAGGGUACAGGGAUGUGUCCCCCAUCAUCAACAGCAGAAAAGCAAUUUGAAGUUAAAGCAUCACUUGACUAUUUGUGUAGAUAAAUAUCACAUUUGAAUAUUUACAUAGGUGUGCAAAAACGUAAUUGAACACCGUAACAAUACAUGUUGUUCUGAAGCCAUGUGGAUAGUGCUUGCUAAUGCAUAAACUACCUAGCUAAUCUUUUAUAUGUUUAAAUAUUUCCUUACUGACAGUUUAGAAUACCUUGCCUUGGGAUAUCAGUAUUGGUUGGUAGAACUGAAAGGUUUACACAGUGUCAAGUUUUGAUUGCAGGGUGACAAACUGUGGCAGAUGCUUUGUUAACCUCCUCUUUCCCCUAACUCCCCUCUAGCCCCCACACCUUCCCACUAAGUACAGGUGAUUGGAAGGCAAAAGAAGGACAGAGAGAGAGAGAAAGAGUUGGAAAAAAUCAAAAAUGUUUUACUAAUGCUACUAAUAAAACAGAGAAAAUAAUACAAAAUGUACAAAACUCAUCUUGAAAGUCCUGGCGAAGACCAGCACUGCUCCAGCAGCAGCAAAGCCUGCACCCAGGAGUCCUGGACUGGACUCUGCAGAUGACCGGAACUGGAUUCAGUCUGUCACUAGGCCUCAGUUCGCAGGGACCACUUGCAAAGUCCUCUUCUAAUAUUGGCAAUAGGGAAAAGGGAUGAGAUCCUCGUGAUCUCCCACUUUUAUAUGAUGUAUGACAUGAAUGGGAUGGAAUACUUAGUUGGUCAGUUUUAGUCAACUGUUCAGUUCGCCAUUCCUUGUUGCCCUUCUUGCAGGACAUGUAUCCUUAUUAGUGACCUUGCAUUCCAUUGCUAUGUCUACCAAAACAUGUAUCUAGCUUUCAGAAAAGUGCAGUUAGUAAAGAAAACUUCAGCUGAAAGGAAAAUUCACUAAAAGAGAAACUUGUUUUUAACAAAACCAGGACACACAGCUUCAAGAUUAUCAGAGAAGCUACGUUGUCUUAGCUGAGGGACUGCAAGUUAAAUUCAGGGAUGGGAAAAAUCAGAAAACUGAAUUCUUAAACCCCUGCUGGAAAUUUUAUGCUGAUACAUGAGCAUUGUGGCUAACUGAAAAGUGCUUAUGAGAUCCUGUGAAAGAUGAGGUAUGAAGCCAAAGGGCAUUAGGUUGCCCUUGUUUUGGUGUCCUGGUUUUGACUGGCAUAGAGUUAUUUUUCUUCCUAAUAGCUGGUAUAGUGCUGUGUUCUGGAUUUAGGAUGAGAAUAACAUGGAUAACACACUGAUGUUUUAGUUGUUGCUGAGCAGUGCUUACACUAAGUCAAGGGCUUUUCAGCUUCCCAUACUCUGCCAGUGAGGAGGUUCACAAGAAGCUGGGGGACACAGGCAGGACAGCUGACCCAGGCUGGCCAAAGGAAUAUUCCAAACCAUACGCCGUCAUGCUCAGUGUAUAAACUUGGGGGAGUUGUCUGGGGGGCCGUGAUGCUGCACGGGGACAGGCUGGACAUCGGUCAGCAGGUGGUGAGCAAUUGCACUGUGCACCACUUGUUUUGUAUAUUCUUUUAUAAUUAUUAUUGUUAUUAUUUUCUCCUCCUUCGCUGUUCUAUUAAACUGUCGUUACCUCAA